AUGGUAACAAUUGAUGAUCAAACAAAUUCUCAAUUAAUUAAUAAUAAUAAUAACAAUAAUAAUAAUUUUGAUGAUGAUAUUUUUGAAACAAAUUCAGAUUCUGAUAAUGAUUCAGCAUUAAUGGAAGAUGCUCAUUCUGUAGAAAUAUCAUCAUCAAUAACAACAAAUGGUUCAUCAUCAUUAAGUGAUGAUGAAAAUUUUUUAAUUAUUAAAAAAAACAAAUUUGAUAAAAUAAAAAAUUUAUUUGAAGAAUUUUUAAAUAAAAAAACAUCAAGAAACAUUAAUUGA